AACAGGUUCAGAGAUGAUUUGUCACCCAAUAAAUAUAAGGAAGCUCAGUGUGUUGUUUCUGUAUGACAGAGUACAGUAAUCAGUGGCAACAUACCAAGAAGGUCAGAUAUGGAAGGCUGCAAUACAUAUCCAUACUUCACAUCAAGGGCAUCACAUUCGAUGAAUGCCAUUACACGGAUAUUUCAGGAUGUUGUUACUGACCGAGCUGUUGCUAUUGAAAUCAAUAACUACAGUCCAAGAAAUGAACUACACAGUCCACAUUAUUUUACCUCCAGUGGGUACAGCUUUAUUCCUCCUUCACCAACAAUAAAAGGAAACAGCAGUGAUAUAUGUGCAUUCAUGAAGACAUAUGGUACAGCUUGUGGGAGUGCUGGUGUCCUCACUUAUCAGUUUGAUAACCACACUAUUGCUAUAAUGUUCUCAAAUCCAUUUGAAUACAAAUUGUAUAGUAUCUGGCAUGGACUGGCAAUCUAUGAAGGAGUUAAGGCUGCAGACAAUGACCUUUUCAACCACAUGUACAAUAAUGAAGCCCCCAACAUGCAGAGGCAGAAAGUGGAUAAUGCUGGUGGAUGCUUGGAACUUAUUAGCAAUGAUAUCUGUGUUAAGGCAACCAUGUCAUCUUCAGCUAAAGCUAUAAUGAAAGUGGAAGUCUGGGAUCUGCCUGUAUAAAUUGUACAAAAGCAGUUAACCAGGUGCCAGUUGGAGUCAUUUUACUUUUGUUUUUCAGUUUACUCACUUUUCAUAUAUUAGUUAUUCAAUCAUAUGAUAAUGUACUUUGAACAUCAAGUGUACGAAUCAUAUAGAGCUAAAAAGGUUCUAGUAAUUUGCAGUUUAUCGCCACAUUUUUCCUUUAGUACAUGUGCAGAUUUGCUUAACAAUGUUUAGUUUGGAAUUAUUUGAUUAUUGAGUUAAAGGCUGCUGAUUUACGAGCUUAAUUUCCAGUGCAUAAUAUAUGUGUGAUACAUGCAACAGCUGUUGGUGUUUGAUAGGCUUUUACUCUUCUAGUAUAAUAAAAAGAUACUGUGAACAUUUGAUUGCUAAGUUGUAUGAUAUAGAAUAAAUAAAGCUCUUACAUGGUA